CGUCCAUUUAGCGUUCAUUUUCAGUUCGGUUUUGGUUUCGAUUUCGGUUGCUUUCCGGCUGUGAAGGCUCCGUACUGAAGUAGAAGUGAGGUCUCGUCGCUGAUAAAUGCACAGAACCGUUCUGGCAGCGUAGCCGCCGUCAUCGCUGCCGCACUAUCGCCAUAGUCGUCGCGUGUGUUAACUUAAAUCCCAACACGUCCCCAGUACAGUGCAAUUGAAGUGCAUUUAGUGUUUUUACAUAUAUGCCCAGUCAUUUUCCCACAAACCCAUUGGCGGUUGUAAGCCAGUUCUAGGAAGUUUCGAAAAAGAUACUCCGUAUCUGAUUAUUCACAAAUUACAAAGUUUUCAAGUGAAAGUGAUAACGUUCGUAUCUGGUGAGGAUUUGGCCUUUGAUUUCGAUCGGGUCGUGCACUAACAACUAGUUGCAUCGACUUUCAGUGGAGUCAUCGUUGGCAUCGUGGCGACGUUGUAAAGGGCACGGUUGCAGAGUUCUUGUGGAUGCAGGUUUACACUGGAUAAUUGAUUUAUUAGGUUUAAAGUGAUUCGGCAACAUGGAGAAAGCAGAGGACAAGGCGACGAACGGACUUGAUGUCCAGUAUAAUAUAGAUCAAAGGAAACUUUCCUUUUGUAAGCGGGUGGCGAUGUUCAUAAAAAUCUAUUGGAGGGCGAUAGUUGUUGUCAUAACACCAUUCAUAUUUUUACCUGUAAUGUUCGUAGAUCCUACAAAAAUAAAGGCUUACAAAUGUAUGUAUGUAGUAUUAAUUAUGUCAAUUUAUUGGGUCACUGAAGCGCUGCCGCUGCCUGUUACUUCGAUGAUUCCUAUGGUACUGUUCCCUUGUAUGGGAAUUCUGGACACAGAGCGAACGUGUAUGGUGUACUUCAAAGAAACUAUGCUUAUGUUCAUUGGCGGUCUUAUUCUUGCCCUGGCUGUAGAGUAUUGUAAUCUCCACAAACGAAUAGCACUUAAAGUUAUUUCUAUUAUUGGAUGCAGUCAAAGGAGGCUACAUUUUGGCUUAAUGGCUGUGACAAUGUUUAUUUCAAUGUGGAUUUCAAACACAGCAGCAACGGCAAUGAUGUGCCCCAUCCUGGUAGCCGUACUUGAAGAACUUGAAGCGCAAGGACUUGGCAAACUUUAUGUCGAAAGAAGUCCAAAGAAAGCUGAAGAAGAAGGAAUGCUGCGGCAAACAAAGACCGAAGAAGAGCCACCAUAUCCAUCAAAAGCUACAAUCUGUUAUUUCUGCGGAGCGGCAUAUGCAGCAUCUUUGGGAGGCUGUGGUGCUAUAAUUGGAUCUGGUACCAAUUUAACUUUCAAGGGUAUCUACGAAAGUCGGUUUCCAGACUCACCUGGUCUAGAUUUCCCAAGAUGGAUGUUCUACAAUGUACCGCCGAUGCUUAUUUAUACAUUCUUAUCAUGGGUUUACCUUCAAUUUGUAUUCAUGGGUCUAUUCAGACCAAACAGCCCCGAAGCUAAAGCUGCGAAUAUUGGCAAAGCUGGUGAAGAAGUCGCUAGAAAUGUAAUCAUUGCAAGAUAUAAAGAAUUAGGAAAAAUGACAGCCCACGAGAAAAGUGUUGCAGUUCUCUUCAUUAUCUCCAUUAUCCUCUUCUUCACAAGAAAACCAGGCGUAUUUCCAGGUUGGGCCGAAUGGAUCGCACCCGGAACAAAAAUCAAGGAUGCCACCCCAGCUAUGUUCAUGGUCAUCACCUUGUUCAUUCUUCCCGCCAGCUUCAGUUUCUUCAAAUUCUGCAAAGGCACUAAGCCAUCGGACUUGCCCACUCAACCCUCAACUGCCUUGAUUACAUGGAAAUUCGUCCAAUCGAAAACACCCUGGAGUUUGAUUUUCUUGCUCGGUGGAGGUUUUGCCUUGGCUGAAGGUGGUAAUGAAUCUGGAAUGUCACUACUUCUUGGAAAUGCGUUGACAGGCUUGAAAUCACUACCACCCAUGCUCCUACUGUUCCUCGUGUGCCUUACCGCCCAGUUCUUGACUGAAUUCACAUCAAACGUAGCUAUCGCCAAUAUUAUGCUUCCUGUCUUGGCUGAAAUGUCCAUUGGUAUCAGGAGGCAUCCACUAUACUUGAUGUUCCCAGCAGCUCUUUCUUGCAGUUAUGCAUUCCAUUUGCCCGUCGGAACCCCACCAAAUGCUAUUGCUGCUGGAUAUGUAAAUAUUCGAUCAAAAGAUAUGGCAAUUGCUGGAAUUGGACCAACCAUUUUCACUUUGAUUGUUAUUUGGUUGACAUUCCCAACGUGGGGAGCUGUUGUAUAUCCCGAGCUAAACGAAUUCCCCGACUGGGCCUUGCCACUAAAUAAAACGGUGUAAUGACAACACUCAUCCACGGAUCCAAAAAGGACAAUUUGGAUCAAUUUUAAUUUUUUAGACUAAAAGUAAAUUAGAAAAUAUUAUUUUGUUUGUUUUCCUAAAAUUUUCCAGGCGACCCCUUGAGUGUCAAGUGGAGUAAAUGGUUCUAUGUUAGCUUAGCCCAGAAGUCAGCCAUUAUUGUGUGAUGUAAUCUGAUAUUAUGAGUAAGAGCCCUUGAAUAUUACAGUUGGGGAACGAGGCUUGAUUUUUAGAAAGCUCCAAAAACGACAAAAAAAAUAAUUCCACACAACAGACUUUAAAAUCUAUCUGGCCUAGGCUCUCUGCUAUGUCAAAAUUAGGUUUUAAGUUCGAAUAUUUGUUUUUUUUAUUUUUGCUAGAAAAUCAAAAAUUGUCAACAGUAUGAAUAAUUUAUUCUUGCUCAAUAGUUCAAUUACUUUUAAGUUUACGGGCAAACUGUUUAGGUUUAGACAUUUUGUUUUAUUCUUAUUGUUUCGAUAGUAAUUUAAGGAACGAACGUGCACUUAUGUAGUUAAAAAAGAUACGCGGUUUCAUUAAGUGUUAGAAUCAACAAGAAACUAUUAUAUGGGCAUAGAUUUUCACAACUACAAGUGUAGAGUGAAAGCAUAGAGAAACUUGUGAUACAUUCAUCAUCAUCUUUUCUGUCUCUAAUUUAUCGAAAAUCAAUGCAUUUUUAUAAAGCCAUAAAGAUACAUGUGGUUUUGCCGUGAAAUAGCUAAAUAGACAAAGAACUGGAAGUAAUUGAAGGAGGAAGGCUUUGUGUAGCUGUUCAUCUAUUGAGGGUCUGUGCAAUCAUUUGUAAAGUGUGAAGACAUACUGAGAAGUUUCUGCACAACUAGAUGGCACACAAUAUCCUUUGUUAGAAGAAAAAAACUCCCACUUCAGCCAUAUCAACAGCAUAAAUAUUUUAUAAAUUAGCGCAAAGCAAAUGUAUUUAAGGCAGAAGAUAGAAGGUUGUUGCCGCCUCUGCAUUAAUUCAAAUCACUAAUAAAAUGCCUUUGAUAAAGUCUAGAAAUGAGAAAAGCAUUACUGUCUUCCGAUAUAUGUACACAACCGUAGCAAAAGGAUUUCAAUGUAGGAAAUGUUUUUGAAAAGAUAUUCGCAUGUGUCGUAAAGGAUGUUAUACAUAUAUUUUGUUAAAUGCAUUUACACACAUUGUUAAACAUGUUUCAGACGUAUUUACGAUUUGAACAGGAUCGAUAUUUGCCGAAGCACAUUCUGUUACAUUACAAAGCACAAAAAUUUACACUUUCUGUUCGAACGACGCGCAAAUACAUUAAAGUUAGAAUAAGAGAUUUGUCUCUAAUUAGAAGAGAGAAAUGUUUUAUUUUUGUAUAGAAUAAAAUUAGAGAAAUACUGAAAAUGUUCAAUAUGACGAAGUUUGGUAAAUAAAAUGGUAAAUAAUA